AUGGCGGUAGUGGAAGAAGUGUGCCCGGAAAAAAAAAGUGCAUUCGAAUCUGUGAGUUUAUCACGUAUGACAAUGACACGAAGAAUAGAAGAUUUAGGAAGUGAUCUUAUGGUACAAUUAAAAUCAAAAGCAAGUCAGUUCAAAAUGUUUUCCAUUGCUACAGAUGAAUCUACGGACGUGACUGAUAUUGCGCAAUUGCUUGUAUUCAUCCGUGGAAUAAAUAAUAGUUUUGAAGUUACGGAGGAACUUGCUGCAAUGAAAAGUAUUAAAACAACUACUACGGGUGAAGAUUUAUUUAAGGAAGUAUCCGAAAUUUUUGAUGAUCUUAACCUUGACUGGAAUAAAUUAACGGCCAUAACUACAGAUGGCGCUCCAUCUAUGGUUGGUCGGCACAAUGGGCUAGUAGCCAGAUUAAGGAAAAAAGUGCUGGAAUCAAAUGGAUCACCGCCGUUGGAUAUACAUUGUAUCAUUCACCAACAAAAUCUUUGUGGAAAAAUUUUAAAUUCAGAUCAUGUUAUGAAGGUAGUUACUAAAUCCGUAAAUUUAAUAAGAUCAUAUUCUACGAAUCACAGAAUAUUCAAAGAAUUUCUUUUACAAAUUGAAGCCGAAUAUGGUGAUGUGGUUUAUCAUAGCGAAAUCCGCUGGCUGAGCCGCGGUAGGGUACUACAGCAAUUUUUUGAUUUGAGACAUGAAAUUGAUAUAUUCUUUAUUGAAAAAUCAACUCAGCUCCACGAACUAAGUAACCCUGUGUGGCUGUGGGAUUUAGCUAUACUCUGUGAUUUAACUGCGUAUGUAAAUGAACUUAAUCUCAAAUUGCAAUGCAAAGACAAACUUAUUUCCCAUGUAUAUGCUGAUUUAUGUGCGUUUCAAACAAAAUUAAAGCUUUUCAUACAGCAAACGGAAAAAGGACAGUUGACGCACUUUCCGACUUGCACUGCUUUACGUAAAGAAAGGAAAAAUGAUCAUUUUCCAAGUGAAAAAAUUACCAAGAUGCUGCAAUUACUCAGCAAAAGUUUCGAAGAUAGAUUUGCAGAUUUUCACCGGAUUAAAAAUGAAAUACGCUUGUUUGAAAAUCCUUUUACAGUGGAUGUUUCUACGGCGCCAGGUGAUUUACAAUUAGAAUUAAUUGAAUUGCAAUGCCAAACACCAUUACAGGAUCUUUUUCGCGAGAAGUCCUUACCAGAUUUUUAUGCAGCGUUAGAUUCUUAUCCGAAUUUGAGAAACCUUGGAAUGAAAAUGACAACGGCGUUUGCAAGCACGUACAUUUGUGAACAAACAUUUUCAACUUUAAAAAGAGCCAAACCAGCGUCUCGCGCUCGACUUUCAGAUGAUCACCUUCAUUCCAUAUUAAGGAUGAACGUCACUCAACUUGAACCAAAUAUUAAAAAAUUAGUUUCUGAAAAACAACAUCAGACUUCACAUUAA